AAUCAUAUUUAUGAACUUGCCCUAAUAUGCUAGAAGACGGAAAUAAUUACAAUUCAAACGUCAGGUAACGCCCACAAGUGCCGCCCACUUUUCGCGCAGAGUCCCGCACAUUGGGCUGCUGUAUAUUCUCAUCCGAGAGCCGCUCAUCUUCAUACUGGUUCGAUUUGACCUAGAAACAAAUGCAGCUUUGGACAGAUGGCUUUAUUCCUCAUUUGGUUUGUACCGAACUAACGUAGAAAGAAAUGUUAAGGGAUGACUCGGGAAUGCCUAUCGUAGCCUACUCAUGGCGUAUCAGCAAACUGUCAUCUUCCAAUCUUCCAUCCUAUCCGUGAUGUUUUGACAUAUCGAUGUGUGGUUUGAAUGUGCAACAGGCUCCCGCCAUAUAUUCAUGCGGUUUAUGGAGACGACGGGGCAUCAAAGGGAGGAUGUGUCCUAGUGCUCUACACAUAUUUGCUUGUAGUCGUUACAAAUAUAACCAUUUAUUAACGUUGCUCAUGACACACUGAAUGGUGCUCUUUGAUCUAUACACAACUGGACAGCACUUGAAUUUGGCGAAGUCAUUUUUUUGUAGAAGUUUGUGUCAGAUUAUAAGGGAAUUUAAAAUGGCAACGCAAGUAACGGGGAGGAAAAGAAUUUCCAACCGGGAGAAACUAUCGGCGGAGGAUGAUACUCUCAGUCAAAUAGCUCGAGAGGCAGAGGCAAGACUGGCAGCUAAACGGGCAGCCCGGGCAGAAGCCAGAGAAAUCCGAAUGAAGGAAUUGGAGAGGCAACAGAAGGAGAUAUAUCAAGUGCAAAAGAAAUACUAUGGGCUGGACAGCAAAUGGGGCCAUAUUGAACAGUGGAUGGAGGACAGUGAGCGGUAUUCCCGCCACUCUCGGAGACAUGCCUCGUCUCAGAUAUCAGAUGAUGAAGAGCGGAUGUCUGUUGGCAGUCGGGGCAGUUUGAGGCCCUCUACGCUUUUGAGUGAAACCCCCCGUUCAAGAAGUCACAGGGGGUCACUGCAUGAAGAGAGCUCAUACUCUUGCACUAGGCGUUUCAGUGGCUGCAGCUCUAGAGGCCCUUCAGACUACAAUGGCUUUCUGGGUUCCAGUUCCAGGGCCUCAUCUAGGGCUAGUUCAGCCCGUGCCAGUCCAGUGGUGGAGGAAAGGUCAGAUUUCCUGGAAAAGGGGUCCCGAACAGCCUCCACCCUCUCUGCUGCAACUCUGGCAUCUCUGGGGGGAGGUUUAUCACGAAGAGGAAGCUGUGAUACAUCGAUUUCAGCUGACACUGAGGCCUCCAUACGGGAAAUGAAGGACUCCCUUGUGGAGGUGGAGGAGAAGUACCGUAAGGCAAUGGUGUCCAAUGCUCAGCUGGACAAUGAGAAAACAAACCUAAUGUAUCAGGUGGACACAUUGAGAGACACUCUGAUGGAGCUGGAGGAACUUCUGUGUGAGACACGCAGAGAGUGUGAAGAGAAAACCAGAGACUUCGAGCGAGAGCAUCAUGCCCACAGUGUCCUGAAGUUCCAGUUUGAGGAGAUGAAGGAAACACUGAGGCAGAGUGAAGAGUCGGUGACGGUAACCCAACAGUCUCGUGGGAAGCAGCCGGACUAUAUUAGAGAGAUCGCAGACUUGCAAGAAACAUUGGAAUGGAAAGAUAAAAAGAUCUGGGCCUUAGAGAGGCAGAAGGAAUAUUCAGACAUUAUCCAUGAUGAACGCGAGGCACUCAGGGACGAGGUUUACCGGCUUAGGGAUUCUCUAAAGAAACAUGGCGUUGUGCUGGGAUCUGAGGUGACAGCCAAUGGGGAGGUAGCAGACAGGACGAUUGAUGGGCAUGCUGAUGUGGAAACAGCCUCAAGAUUGAAUCAAGACUAUCAAAUGAGUGGAGACAGCGUGUUAGAGAUCAGAAUGAGGAAAUUGGUGGAAGAGAGAGAGAGUUUACUCGACCAGGUACGGAAGUAUAAAACCAUUGAAGAGCAGAAACAAAAGAAUAGGACAGAAGAAGCAGGAAGCACAGAUGAGGAUGAGCUACAGAAUGGUCUGGACCCUCAUAUUCUAGAUCUACAGAGAGAUGCUAACAGGCACAUCAGUGACCUAAAAUUCAAGCUGGUCAAGUCCGAGCAAGAAGUCACAGUACUUGAACAAAAUAUCAUUCGGCUGGAGGGUCAGGUGAGCCGCUAUAAAACGUCUGCUGAGGCUGCAGAGAGAGUCGAAGAUGAACUGAAAGUGGAGAAACGCAAGCUGCAGAGAGAGCUGAGGUCUGCACUUGACCGUAUCGAUGAGCUGGAAGCAAGCAACAGCCACCUUACGAAGAGACUAGAGAAGAUGAAGGCCAAUCGGAGUGCCCUUUUGGCACAGCAGUGACGCCCAUCUGUGCCCACUCUGAAGUCAGGGGCAUGAUUCCCAUCUAGCACCAAUGAUCCGCCACCCGUUUCAAACUAAAACAACUAUCAAUAUCAUAUCAAAUAAGCCCAAUCAUUAUCAUCCUAAUUGAAAGUAAAUAGCCUAUGGCUGACAGGCAUGUACAUCAAACUUCAUUUGUCUUCUAGUGGGAGUCCAAGAGGCGGACAUAUCAACAACUCGUACUGAGGCUCAUCAAAGUGACUUUUUGUUUGGAUUAGCAGAAUUCAGGCCUUCAAUGAGCUCUCAAAAUGUUUUGACUGGUUACGGAUCUCUUAAGUCUACAAACCAACUCAGCACAGGAAGAGCACAGUUAUGGCAGCAUGUUCCUUUAUGGUAGCAUGUUGGUUAUGUAAUCCAGUGGUGAGGGACAUUAAAUAAUCUUAGCAGACCGUGCACUUUAUCCAUUCCAGUACUCAAAUUUUGUGUUAUGUGGAAACUGUAACUUACGGUGCCCGUAAGGUGACUUGUUCGGUUUACUUAGUUUUGUCGUGGCCACAACAUAAUAACUCGUGGGAACUUGAUAAUAUGUCACGGCCACAAGAUAUUAAUUUGUGGGAAUGUCAUAUUAACUCGUGGGAAUGUCAUAUUAUGUCAUGGCCAUGAGAUCAUGUUGUCGAGGUAAGGACAUCCUUAUGUCGUGGCCUCGAGAUGCUAUGUUGAGGGAACAACAUCCAUUUCUCGUGUCCAAGACUUCUUAUGUUGAGGGAACGACAUGUUUUUCUCGUGGCCACGAGUUUAAUGGG